AUGAAGGACAAUGCAGGAUUUAAAGGAUGGAUUUUUGUCUGGGUGAUGAUCCUGAUGCAUAGCUCGGAUGGGGUACAUCUGCCAAAGGAACAUCCUUUGACAAUGUUACGCUGCAGGCCAAAGCCCUUGGUAGCCCUCACUAAGACCCUUGUCAAAGAAAGCUUGACCAUCUUUGAUGAAGCCAAUGGAAAGCAUCUCCCUCCUUGGAUGCCGGGCUUUCCAGAGCUCCAUGUCCCAAAUAAUGGCUCUAAACCUGGGUCAGCGGUCCAGUGUAGCUUGCUCUUCAUGGCUCAAGCCCUGGAGGAAGUCCUUGAGGACCAACGGAAUGACUUGAACCCUUAUGAUGUUUCACUUCAUAAGAAACUCAAGGAGACCAUCUUGAUGGUCAACAUGCUUAAAGCGUGUAUGAAGGAGAUAUGGGGCGGCCAUUGCUCCAAGAAUCCCCAGCCACCCAAGAUGCCCCUAUCUGCAAUGGAGAAGAAGCAAUGGGGCCAUACGUUGUUGAAGGACUCUGGAUACUACCUUGAUUGGUUAGUGCAUGAGAUCAAAGUCCAAAUGUCAAAGGCCAGAGGGUCAAACGGCAAAAAUCCUAAAACUGCCGAGCAAGCUUUUGCCAGAUAUUUAGAGGGGAGUGGGUAUUUCCUGUAAUUCUUAAGAGAGGUGAAAACCUGAUGCAAUGUUGCAUGUGAU